AUGGGCAAUAAUCUGGGUAGCCAUGUGAAGACCCAUGUGCUGAGGAAUGUGGUGAGUUGUGUUGUAAGGCAAAUGGCGUCGGUGGAAGCUCGUAAUCUCCUGGAAGCCACCCAGGCCGACGACGACCUUCCGGAUAAUGAGCCUGAUCUUUCAGAGCCUCAACACCCCGUAGAAUUGCCCCAUUUUCCUUCUCUUCCUCAGCCCACGUUGCCGUCACUGCCGCAGCCGCAGUUGCCGACUUUACCACUGCCGGAGUUGCCUUCUCUGCCCAUUCCACAGCUCCCAUCGUUGCCUUCGCUGCCGUCGAUUCCUCAGUUUCCAUCCAUUCCUACAUUUCCAAACCCAUCACUUGCAGCAUCCAAAGCUUNCUUCCGGAUAAUGAGCCUGAUCUUUCAGAGCCUCAACACCCCGUAG